AUGCCUCCCAAGCCGCGCAACCACGCGGACGACGGCCACGGCCACAACGGCGGGGGCGCGUCUGGCGCCGGAGUGGCUGCAGGCGGCGCCCACUCGUCGUCGUCGGCCAACGGCGCGCACAGCAGCCAUGCAGCCGCAAGCACGGCCAACGGCGGCUCCAGCAAAGGCCGCCGUGCCGCGGCCGCGUCCAAUGCCUCUGCGUCGGCCGCUACGGCCGCCGCCGUUGCUGCUGCGCACCAGCAGUCCCUCCUCCAGCAGGCCGUCCCGGCUGUCGUGCUCCCCACGCUGCAAUGGGCCGACUUUGAACGCGGCGUCCUCCACGCCUACACCCGCGCCUUCCACCUCGACGAACCCUCCUCCUUCAGCAACGACUUUGCCCGCUGGAUCCUCUCGCAGCCAGGCAGCAUCGGCCUCCAGUCGCCCACGAUGCUGCGCCGCAAAGAGGCGCGGCGGCAGAGCAAGGCGCGCCUCGCGACGCAGGUGCGCAAGCACUUCAACGGGCAGGGCGGCCAGGAGAACGACAUUGUGGUGGACUUUUUGCACAAAAUACAGACGCACGAAGUGGCGCGGCAGCGGCGGCCACGGCGCAUGGGGUCGAAUGCGCGGGAGAUUGAUGGAUGA